AUGUCAGCCGAUCCCAAUACCACUAGCGGACAGCCCGGCUGGCGGCCCAAAGCCAUCAUAUUCGACCUCCUCACAGCGCUCCUCGACUCCUGGUCGCUUUGGGAUGCCUCGACCCCGUCGGGCACUGCUGAGGAAGGUAGAGCGUGGCGGGGGCGUUACCUGCAGAUCACAUUCGGCGCUGGACCCUAUACACCCUACGAAGACCUCGUCCGACAAGCCGCUCAAGACGUCGGGCUGCCUGCUUCUGCGCCAGAACGUCUAUUGGGCAGCUGGGAGAAGAUCCAAGCAUGGCCGGAGGUGCCGCACGUUCUCCAACUCCUCAAGGCCCGGGGUUACAAGUUAGGGGUUGUAACGAACUGCUCGACUCGACUCGGCCACAUUGCAGCUGGCAGGGUGAGCCCUAAUACCGGAGAGCAGUUGUUCGAUGCAGUCAUCACGGCUGAGGAGAGUGGCUUCUACAAGCCCGUUGUCCAGGCUUACAGAGCGAUCCUGGACAGGAUGGGUGUGGAACCGGGAGAUGCCUUGUUUGUUGCUGGGAGUGCAGGAGAUGUAGAGGGAGCAACGAAUGCUGGUAUGAGAGUUGUCUGGCAUAACAAGGUCGGGUUGGCCAGGGCUGGAAACGCCGUUCCGUUGAAGGAGGCCAAGACGCUGGAGGACUGCGAUGAGCAGAAACCUUCUUGCGGAACAUGCACCAGACUUGGCAGAACUUGCGAGCAAGUCUCGCCAAAGCUUGAGUUCCGGGCUGUCUCUUAUCCUUCGCGAGAGAGUCGAAGCCAGUCAAAGCAUGAGGCUCGCGACGGAGAGAAAGCAUCCAGCGCUAUUAGUAGAGGCGAUGGCGGUAGUCUUCGACAACUGAACCUGAUUGAUCAUGUCUACCGUGGAUGGGCUGCCGAUCAGACCGGUCAAGCUUCGAGCGACCUGGGACUUUCACCGGCUACUGCCGUCUCGCCGAAUUUUGACGAGACCUGGACGAUAUCACUGCACUAUGCCAGUUCUUCGAGCGAAGCCGGCGUUGAGGACCUUUCAACGGCCAUCUCUCCACGAAGCGACUCUUCGUCUGGAGACCCGACAUUCGGAUAUACUGUUUCGAUCCCGGCCAGUCUCUUGUCAUCACGAGAUCCCCAGGCUGCAAUCACUUUCUACGCAGACGCAUGGAAGUCGCAGUGUCUACCUGCUCUUCACCUCGCCUUCCGCCGGCUGCACACUCUCCCCGACCCUCACCUCCUCUCGACCGGUAUAAUUGUCGCGCUAUCGUCUUGUCGAUUGAGCCGGACAUCACCUCAAAAGAAAAUGUUCCGCAUCUCAAACAUACCAAGUAUGUGCUUCAAGCCCGAUGCUGCACAUGAAUCCGUCAGCCACGAGUACUAUGGGGCCGUAAUGCGCAAGGUGGCUGGAUGGAGCGAUCGCGACUUCGACGCCUAUCCGACCCUUGGCUUGGCUGUUCUAGUUCUAUUUUGCUACUUGGAGUCCUCGAUGGGAAAUUUCAGGGCAUUCCGUCUUCACUCGGACGGGACCAAGAGACUUAUCCAAAGCUACGAAGACCACUUAAUCAGUGACAGCAAUGGGGCGGCGCUGCUCGCAGCUUGGGUCGAGGUAGAGAUGCAGAACUGGUGGCGGAGGGUCUAUUUCAGCACCCCUGGCUUCCAUCGGGACCAUGCGAGUCUCUCACUGCUGCCGAAGCUCGAGGCUGUACUUGGCGUCGGGAAUCAUUCUCGAGCGGUUGUCCUUUUGAUUCUCUGCGAGUCGCACAGGCUGAACUCGGCGGCUGCGGUCACGCGCUGGGAUGAGCUUGGUAACAACAAUCCUCGAGGCGACGAGAACACAGACCCCAUGACCCAAGAGCAAGCGAACAUUGGACAGAAUUCUUGGCGCAGUCGUUAUUCAGAAUCACUGAAACUACAGUCUAACAAACUCGACGCCUGGUACGGCAUGCUUCCCAUCAAUGACUUGCCCCAGUCCUGGCCCGACAGGCGAGAUCGGACGGCCGUUCGAGAAACUCCACUGGACAUCCAGCCACUGAAGUUCAGAUCUCACAUCGCGGCCAUGAACUUCGCGUACUAUCUUGUCGCCAGAGUCAUGCAAUGCACAGGGCCUCUCGAGAGCCUGGAUUCUUCAGUGCAUUUUGACGCCCGCUUCGAGGAGGCAGAGGCUUGGGUCCUGAUGCUUCUUAGUGUGACGGCUGGAAUCGACUGGGAGCAGUGUGUCAAGCUGAACGUGUACACUGUAGGUAUCUGCGGGCUCUUGCUGGCAUGUGCUCUCCGUUCCCGGAACCCUGCUAUCGGCAUCUGGAUCCAAGAGUGGAUGGAGGCCCAACUGAAAGGCGAUGUCUUCGAAGAGGGGAACUUUCCUGUGUUUCAGGCUCUUAGCGCCCUCCGCCUCGUGAACAGAGAGCGCGCAGAUGGCAGGGAUGUGUUUGCACUAUUCCAGACGGUCGACGACGGGGGCGGAACCGGCAAACUCGGCUCAUACCAUAGUCAACGGCUUGGGUCAUUAUGGGUUGUCGAUGAGCUUCGGCAGUACUAUGUGGGCAAAGACGUCAACGAGGUGCCGAAGCCGGCUGCGGUGCUGGAUCGGGCGAAGAUGCAGAGACAUUGCCAGUCGCUUCUGAGCGCUGUCGAUGCCCUCGGGGUGGAUUUCCGUGCACACAUCAAGACACACAAGACACAAGAGGGCGUCCGACUCCAAGCAGGCGAGACGAGCAGGGAGGUCAAGCUCGUCGUGUCGACCAUCGCGGAGCUGGAUCAUAUACUUCCAGUCCUGCACGAGUUCAAGGCGUCGGGCCGCACAAUCAAUGUGCUCUAUGGCAUUCCUCUUCCGCCGUCACAGGUGGAUCGCCUGGCAGACCUGGGCCGGCAGCUAGGUCCGGACAGCAUCUCGAUCCUGGUGGACCAUGCGUCACAACUGGACGGGGCCUCCCGCUUCAGUGAGAAGGCUGGCUUCCCAGCUGGUGUGUACAUCAAAGUUGACACGGGGUAUCACCGUGCGGGACUGCCACCAUCUGGCGUUAACAAGGGCAACCUAAUCGCUAAGCUGAUGGAGUUGGAGACCCGGCAGGUGGCCACCUUUGUGGGACUGUACUCCCACAGCAGCCUCAGCUACAAUGACACAACGCCCGCCAAGGCAAUGGCAAAUCUAGAGGGUGAGAUCCACGGGUGCCUUGACGCCCUGCAGAAGAACGCCGACCUCUUCCCCAAGGACAAACAAAUCACCAUCAGCGUCGGAGCCUCUCCGCAGGUCACGUCCGUCGAGAACCUCGUCGGAGCCACAACAGCCCUGUCAGAGGAGAGAGCUCGCCUCAAGAACACGAUCCAGACCGUCACGCAGGAUACCUCGUCCGGGUUCCGCACAAGGCUGGAGCUGCACGCCGGCGUCUACUCCGUCCUCGACGUGCAGCAGCUCUCGACCAGGUCACGCGUGCAGAUCGGCGACUACGAGGACGAGAUCGCUGUGUCGGUUGCGGCCGAGGUCUGCAGCGUGUACAACGGCGGCGAGCGGCGGCGGCCUGAGGCGCUCGCGGCGGUGGGCGUGCUGGGGCUGGGCAGGGAGCCCUGCGUGGCGUACAAGGGCUGGGGCGUCGUCGGCCGCGAGGCAUAUGCUGCCGCCGAGACGGCGCCGGAGCGGCGGCUGAUUGUCGACCGCGUAAGUCAGGAGCACUGCAUUAUCUCGUGGAGCCAGGAUGGCGAGGCCGGCAACGGUCAAGAGCCGGAGCCGGAGCCGCCUAUCCCUCUCGAGGUUGGGCAGAGCAUUCGCAUUUUCCCCAAUCACGCGUGCAUCAUGGGUGCUCUUUAUGGAUGGUAUCUGGUUGUGGACUCGUCAGAAGGUGUUGGGAGGGAUGCAACUCGGAUUGUUGAUGUCUGGACUAGGGCAAGUGGUUGGUAA